GUCUCAGACAGAAAAAUGAAAACCUACCCAGCCAUUGGUUUCUUCCUCUUCUUCGUGAUCAGCUAUGGCUCCUCGGAGAACUCCAGUACUCCUCAGGGGUGUGGGCUGGAUCUGCUCCCUCAGUACGUGUACCUGUGUGACCUGGAUGCCAUCUGGGGCAUCGUUCUGGAGGCGGUGGCGGGCGCAGGUGUGCUGACCACGCUGCUGCUGAUGCUGAUCCUGCUGGUGAGGCUGCCCUUCAUCAAGGACAAAGAGAAGAAGAGCCCCCUGGGCAUGCACUUCCUCUUUCUCUUGGGCACUCUGGGGCUCUUCGGGCUGACGUUCGCUUUCAUCAUCCGGGAGGACGAGCUGGUGUGCUCGGCGCGGCGGUUCCUGUGGGGAGUCACCUUCGCCCUGUGCUUCUCCUGCUUGCUGGCGCAGGGUUGGAGGCUGCGCCGGCUGGUGGGGCACGGCAAGAGCCCGUCGGGCUGGCAGCUGGCCGGGCUGGCCGCCUGCCUGUCGCUGGUGCAGGUCAUCAUCGCCAGCGAGUGGCUCAUCCUCACCGUGGUCAGGGACAGCAGGCGCGCCUGCAGCUACGAGCCCAUGGACUUCGUCAUGGCCUCCAUCUACGUCAUGUUCCUCAUGGUGCUCGCCACGGGGUUCUCCUUCUUCACUCUCUGCGGGAAGUUUAAGAAAUGGAAGAAAAACGGAGCGUGCCUCAUUGUAACGCUUUUUUUUUCCAUUCUGAUUUGGGUGGCCUGGAUGACUAUGUACCUGUUCGGGAAUGCCGAGCUCCAGAGGAGGGACAAAUGGAGUGAUCCCACUCUGGCUAUUGCACUGGUGUCCAGCGGUUGGGUGUUCGUCAUUUUCCACGCCAUCCCGGAGGUCCACUGUACCAUCCUUCCAUCGCAGCAGGAAAACGCGCCCAAUUAUUUUGAUACUUCGCAGCCAAGGAUGCGUGAAACUGCUUUUGAGGAAGAUAUACAGCUUCCUCGGAGCUACAUGGAAAAUAAAGCCUUUUCAAUGGAUGAACAUAAUGCAGCGCUAAGAACGGCAGGAUUUCGAAACGGCAGUUUGGGAAGCCGGCCCAGUGCUCCCUUUAGAAGCAAUGUGUAUCAGCCAACUGAGAUGGCAGUUGUGCUAAAUGGUGGGACUAUACCAACUGCUCCGCCAAGUUACACUGGACGACACCUCUGGUGAAAGGCUGUAGGCUGUAGAGAAUGAGAAUCCUUGUUGCAGAUGUUGUUCCCUGGCAGUGUGUCUUUGAGGGAAGGAAUCCAUAACAGUACCAGAACAAAGCAACAAAGCAUCCAGGAUCUUUCUAAAUCCUGCAGAGGAUUUUGCCUAAAUGUGAACACCAUUGAAUGGAGAAUUGCAAAAACAAAAUUGUAAAACUGAAGCCGAAUCGAAUUUAAAAGAGAAGUAGGCACACCUUAAAUUGGCAGAGGGGAUAUUGGAUUCUGAAGUGUAAGAUAUUCUCUUGUCUGUAACUUGUGUGCCAGGCAAGCCUGGUUUUGGUGGUUGCCGGUUCCUUGCGAAAUACCCUCCUCUCACCUAAACUUAAUUCAUCUUGCCACAAGAGAUUGCCACUAUAGUGUGAAAACACGCAGGAUUUCUUUCCAUUUUUCUCCUUUUCCUGUCAUUCCCAAGGCCACGAGAAGCCCGUUUGUCCUUCCCCGGCUGUGCUGUGCAGUCACACAUCUCACCGGGGCACUGCCCCGCUGCUGCCUAGCGAUGCUCUGCUCUGCACAGCUGCCACAGAGGGAUGCGAGGGCUGUGAUGGUCCAGCCUUGUGGAGCUUCUUGGGGCAGGGAGGAGCAGCGCGGCUCCGGCCGGGGCAGCUCUGUCCCUCCAUCCAUCCAUCCAUCCAUCCAUCCCUUCUGUGUGCAGCAGAGCCCGCACUCCCGCAUCCUUGGAGGGUGUGUUUGUGCUGGGGCGGGCUGCGUGUGGCUGUGGCUGUGGCUGUGG